AUGGUCGGCUCAAUAGAGCCGCAUCGGCGUAGUCGAUCCACUGCAGGGUUUACUUCCCUGCCUCAGAAUGCACUUGUUCACGACUUGGAAGACGGCAUUCGUCCUUGUCACUUCCACUUAACUUCCGACACUGACGAGGUGGAAUUCGAUGGCGCGCAGAACGAAUUAUCAGACACGGAGUCAAAUGUGGGCGUAGAGGGCAAUGAUUCCGCGUUUUAUGCCUCGGUAUCGUCCUCUGAGUUUGUGCGCCAACUCAUAUCGGUGUUGUUUACUGGUUUGACCAAGCCCGAACCCCUGUUCAUCGAGGCUCUUGUUAACGAUCCACCUUAUGGUUUUUUUUCCCGCCGUCCUUCCUCAAUUGAAAACCAAUGCUCCGACUCUCGUGGGGAACGCCGAAAAUCUCGACUGUCAACGACGGUGCGCACUGGUUUCGUUCGGCUAUUUUCGCCGAUACGGAAAAAAUCCCGUCGACGACGUUUCCGUCCGUCUACCGUGUCGCUGCCCGCACAAAUGGUCUCCGAUUCGACCUCACGUGGUGAACACUGGUGGUCCAUGGUGCAGUUGGCCGACAGUGUUGCUUCUCGCCCGACAAACGAUAUGGAAAACGGCGAAUCAGCUGCUCGGACCUCCUCCACAGAGCGGCGAUUGAGUGAGCCCAAGCCGCCAGCCCUAUCACCCACGCCCCAGUCGAAGGAAACGAUUGUCGCACCCGCUCGCGGUCGACCCCUCGUGCCAACCGGCGGCCACGCGACUGUAGCCGUUAAGGACGAAACAAACAUUGAACGACUUCGGAAGGAUGCCGAGCGCCUUGAAGCGGCUAUUCGAAACAUUCGGUCGCGCAAAUCAGAACUCUCCGAUUGGUUCUUCGACCAGAUGCUGGUGGCUCAAGUUGCAAGCGAUGACGGUAAUUUGGCCGGGCGAACGAUGCCCGCCCAGUCAUCUGGAGCGGAUAUUAAGAGGAGCUAUAAGAAGCGUAACGCCGAGCUAACGCAGAAACUUGCGGAGCUUGAAGGACGCCUCUCAGACACGCGACUCGUCAUCUCCCAUCUGGAAGGACAGAGUCUGCCGACAGAUCCCGACGCUGUCCGAGCCUACAUCUCGCAGAUCCUGGCAGAGAAUCGGCGGAAAGGCGGCGGCUCUGCCACCGCACCGUCUCCCCACGUCAAGCUCCCUGCCAGGCCCGCUGACACCGACGAUACAGGCAAGUGUCUUGAGCUGUACACUUCAGUUUCCCUUACUGCUCCAACCCCCCUCGCAACCACUGCAGAGACGCCAGCCGUGACUGAGCAACCGCCACAACAGUCGCAUCAUUCUUCUCCAAGGUCGGGCACCGCCCUUCCACCUCAGAGUGCUGUAAACGCCACCGACAUCGCCAAUGCCGUACCUCUGAACUUAACGGCUUCCGAGGCGUCUGAAUCUCUGUCGCCACCCGCGAAAUCGCGGACCCUUCCCCAGGAGUCCGACAUUUCCAAGGAGGCAGUCGCCCACGCUCUUCCCGUGGAUGCCACGAAUUCGGCUCGUGUCACGCGACUGCGCUCUGCUCUCCCCCCGAUCGGCACACAAGAGGAACGUCCCUCAAGUGGCCACUCAGAUCCCGUGACCUCCACGAACUUCUUCGGCACGUCCCCACCCCCACCACCGCAGUUGCCAUUAAAGGCACCAUCCUCGUCCAAAAAACCGAGGAACUCGGCUCGUCGCGCCUUCAGCCGCCUCGUGAAACCCUUCGGCCGACGGUCGGGUUCAGCUUUUCCGUCGCCCCCUCUCAAGAAAUCGGCAAGCGAGGAGCAUAUGCUUCCGGCUGCGGCGGCUUUUUCUCCCCUAAAUGACGGAACCUACAAGCUCUACAAGGUUCCUUCUGCGUCGAACGCCCGAAUGUUGAGUCCGAAGACCAUUUUGACUUUUAAAAAACCCCUCAUCCGUGCAAAUGCCUUGAAGCUUAUUGGAAAGUACGGCGAAAGGCUAACCCAGAUAGCGCUCUCAAAUUAUAUCACUCCGUUUUCAGACGAUGUUUUUUUCCUCGUACCCCCUAGUGCUGGUUUACAUUUAUCCGGUGCAGUGUCUACAACUUCCAGGUCAAAGAAGUCCAUCAAACUCGGUAACGGUGGUCCCGUUGAUCACUCCUUCCAGCUGGAACCAGGUGCAAGUUCCAAAAAGAGUCAUGCUGGAUCCGUCUCCUCCGGUGUAGCGGGGCGUCAAUCACGAAACCAGCAAGCUGAGUCAACAGCCACAUCUGGCGGCAGCGAGAGCUGUCCCCCAUGCAACGUUGGAGUGGGCUCUUCUGUCAACGACGAGGCCGUAGGCAUUAUCAACGUGCUUGACGUCCUUUGCGGUGGCGGCAUCGGGGGCCUUGGUGUUGCCCGCAGCAGUGUCGGCAACCCCGUCACGUCCUCCGGCGGCGGUUCCACCCACUCCGGAGGGGCUGCAGCGCCGAUGUCGGCCAAUGGGGCGACGGCAGGCCCGUCGUCUUCCGUCUUCCUCUCCGCCUCCUCCACCACACCCCCGCCAGCCUAUAACGUGGCGAUGGCCCUUGUUAUGCUGCACCAACGCAGUCAGGCACUGCUUGAGGCGCACGCCGAAGCACAGCAGAAGUUAAUCUCGGAGCUGCGUGAGGAGCUAACCAACCUACGACAAGACCUCAUGGAGACUCGCAACAUGGUCAACACGAUCACUGUGGAGGUCGAGGCUCUUAGGGUGGCCCAGACCGGUGAUUGGACAUUUGGUUGGUUUCCAUCAACACAACUGGAAAACAUGCGCAUUCAUUCCAUUCCGUGCGCUCGUCUGAUGCUGUGCUCCGACUGUGAAAUGUAUUCGUGGUCGACAUGCCGUGACAUGCAAACGAAGGAGGAUGUACAAAGUCACACACUGUCAAACGCAAUAGCUCGACUGGAGCAGCUGGACGCUUCGGCUGAAAAGUUGCGACAAAACGUCCAGCAGGAUUUGAUUUCCAUCCGCAAUGAACAGAAACACGCACUGGAGCCCCUAAAAUACCAGUUGGCUACUGAAACGCGAGACCUUCGUGACAUGUUCACCACUCUCAGCAAUAAGGUCACUAUAAUGGAGAAAUGCGAGCGCUUAUCGAAUCUCGAUCGUGACCAGCCUCAGGCAUUAAGGCUAAUAGCCAAUACCAUGACAAACCUGGUCGUGUCUCUUUUUGCAUUCAUUACUGCCCUCAUCCAAAUCCUCAUUCGGUUCCUCAAUGCUGGUGCCACCGUCACCAACAAUCGCGUCUCCGCGAUUGUGCUGAAUGUGUGCAUUUUGGUCUUUCUCUUGGUGAUUUUCCUAGCGGAGCCCCUGUUUCGGUGGUGGAACCGCACCGACGCCAUCUACCCCUCCUCCCCGGCGUUCCAACCUCCACGAUGA